AUGGAGAGUUCUACUACAUAUCAUGCACAAGGCGGGGCAUCUCGGCCAUUCCUCGGCUUCCCUCUCGGCACAGCUCUUCUCUUGAUUAUCGUUUUUAGCUUGAGUGGCAUAUUCUCCUGCUGCUAUCACUGGGAAAAACUUCGCUCCUUUCGACGAUCUUUCUCCAAUCUCCAGGCUGAUGAUGAUCAAGGCCCUUCCAAGCCUAAAAUUUUAGUUUCUAAGCAAGAGUUUUUUCAGAGUUCAAUGGAGCAGCAGAAGGAGAGCUUGCCAGUUUUGAUGCCUGGUGAUAAUUAUCCCAAGUUCAUAGCAUUACCCUGUCCAUGUCGGCCUCCGGCACAAGAUUGA